AUGGCCGAAGAACUCGUCUCCUUCACCCCUCUGGUUGCUCCUCUUGCCCCUGUACCUACCGACCAGGUAUUUUCGGAUUUGCAAUGGAAAACGCUUUUAUCCCUCGCCGAUACUGUUAUACCGUCUGUGCGUGGCCCUAGAGCGCGCAAAUCGCGAGCCACCAAAGUUGUAUCUCAAGCGAACUUAGAUACGGCUCUUGAAAAUCUCAAGGCUACCGUGCCCGGUCCUGAUGCGGAUACCGUCGCCACAAAUUAUUUGGAGGAAAACUUGACGUCAAUCCCAGAGGCUCGCCAAGCCAUACAGCGCCUCUUCUCGGUGUAUGUGCACCAAGAGGGGAGGAAUGGGCUGAGCAUGGUUCUCACUGCUCUCAAUACGAAAGCUGGUUCUCUGCUCUUGACGGGGUCGAUGACUCCCAUUCAAGAUCAACCGUUUUAUGUUCGGGAACAGAUUUUUAAAGGCUGGGCCGACUCGCGACUGCCCCCGGUGCGUGCUGUUUAUCGUGCCCUUACUGCGAUCUUCAAGAAGACAUGGGUUACCUUCAGCCCAGCCCUCUAUCCAGCUCUUGGCGCUCCUUUGGUGCCCGUCUAUGGAUCCCCGCAAGACGGCUUCAAAUUCGAAUUCUUGCAAAUCCCUCCUGGAGAGAAACCUGAAUUGAUCGAAACCGACGUUCUGAUCGUUGGAAGUGGUUGUGGUGGCAGUGUCGCUGCCAAAAAUCUCGCAGAGGCUGGCAGGAGGGUUAUCGUGGUGGACAAGGGUUAUUCAUUCUCAAACCGGCACUUCCCAAUGAAGCCAAACGAGGGAUUCAACAACUUGUUCGAAGCGUCUGGUGCUAUUACCAAUGAUGAGGGUUCGAUGGGUGUUCUCGCUGGCUCUACUUGGGGAGGUGGCGGUACCGUGAACUGGUCGGCGUCUCUCCAAACCCAGGGAUACGUGCGCCGCGAAUGGGCCAACAGAGGUCUUCCGUUCUUCACGUCUCAGGGUUUCCAAAACAGCCUGGAUCGCGUCUGUGACCGCAUGGGUGUCAGCACCGAGUCGACCAACCAUAACAAGGCCAAUCGCAUGAUCCUCGAGGGUUCCCGAAAACUAGGUUACACUGCCAAAGAGGUGCCGCAGAAUACUGGCGGAACCACUCACUACUGUGGGCAUUGCACACUGGGCUGCCACAGUGGCGGCAAACGGGGUCCUAUCGAGACUUACCUAGUCGAUGCUGCUAACGCAGGUGCAACAUUCAUGGAAGGGUUCAACGUGGACAGAGUCCUCUUUUCUAAGAAGAAGUCUGGAAAGAUUGCUUCUGGUGCAAUUGGUACCUGGGUUUCACGCGAUUCCCAUUUUGGGACUUCUGGAGUUGGCGCCGUUAAGCGGAAGGUUAUCAUUAGGGCGAAGAAGGUCGUUAUAUCGGGGGGUUCGCUGCAUAGUCCACUUUUGCUGUUACGGAGUGGCAUUAAGAACUCAAAUAUAGGAAGAAACUUGUAUUUGCACCCUGUUGCCAUUGCCCAUUCGGUUUUUGAGGAAGAGACUCGCCCUUGGGAAGGGGCUUGUUUGACAGCAGCUGUCAACGAAUUUGAAGACAUCGAUGGUCAAGGCCAUGGAUUCAAGAUCGAGGCUGUUUCGAUGCUUCCGGCGGCCAUUCUCCCUAUUUUCUCCUGGCGCGAUGGACUUGACUAUAAACUCCAGGUGGCCAAAUUAUCUCACGCAGCCGGCCUUAUCACCCUCGUCAGAGAUAGAGACCCCGGACGGGUGUACCCAGAUCCCACCGAUGGACGAGUUCGAGUUGACUACAGUGUCUCGGCCUUUGAUCGCCACCAUAUGAUUGAGGCCCUAAUUGCUAGCGCGAAGAUUUCGUACAUUUCCGGAGCGAAAGAAAUUCACACCUCCUACCGUGACAUGCCGCCAUUCAUUCGACCAGCCGACGAUGCGGGUGACUCGCCUGACGGAAUCAACCACCCAGCGCUUCAGGCGUGGAUCGAGGAGCUUCGACGCAGGGCACCAAAGACAUCGGAUAAGGUCAUGUGGGCGAGCGCUCACCAGAUGGGAAGUUGCCGGAUGGGCACAUCCCCUCGCACCAGUGUUGUGGACCCCGAAGGCGAAGUCUGGGGAACGAAGGGGCUGUAUGUGGUUGAUGCGUCGAUCUUCCCGAGUGCCAGCGGUGUUAAUCCCAUGAUCACCAAUAUGGGAAUCGCGGAUCACAUCAGUAGCAAUAUUUCCAGGACGAUGGACUUGCGGAGUGCCCGCCUGUGA